GACGAGCAGGGUGCGUUUCACAUCCUUCCCAGCGAGCCCCCAUGCAUGGUGCCAUGGGCCUCUGUGGAUGCCGCACUGAACCCCCUCAUACCGUGCCCACACACCCUGAGUGCUGCUGCUGCUGCUGCUGCUGUCGCUGGAGAAGGCUUGGGGGGAGACCUCAAGGGGCCCCCUCCGCUGGUCUGCACCAUUGGUCCUGGAGAGAUGCUGUACCUGCCAAGCAUGUGGUAUCACCAUGUCUCGCAGAUCCCUGGGGAAACCGGUCGAACGAUAGCUCUCAAUUACU